GGAUUUUAUUAAUAGUGGGUGAGAAAUAGCGAAUAGGUUAUUUGUGUUAAAAUUAUAUUUUCAAUAAUUGUCAAGUGUAAAGUUAAUAAGGAUACACCACCCCCAAGUAUUUUGUUCAUUAUUAGCUAUACUAAUAGAUGAGAAUGUAAAAUGACCACAUAAUUAACUUAUCGAAUGUAUUCAAGGUCAAAGAAAAUACUUCAGCUCUUAGGAAGACUUAAUUCUAAAUAUAUAUAUCUUUAAAUGUUCUAUAUUGUAUAAGAUGAAUACCACUGGAUCGUUAAAUCCUACAAUUCCAAAUCAAAAUGAUAUUCUUCAUACAAAUUUAUUGUAUAGAAGGGAUUUACUUGAUUAUUUAUUAAAUUAUAUGAUAAAUAAUAAUCGAAUGGAUAUUUUAUGCUCAAACUCAUUUAUUAUGGAUUCUUUGUUAAAUGUCAAUUCACAAUUAAAUCAUAAUACUGUAUUACAUAAUAGUCAAUUUUAUUCAAAUUUAAUCUCUUAUUUAUUUCCUAUGGAUUUAAAUGCUAAUAUAUUACAACAACGUCAAAAUACCCAGAUACAAAAUUGGAUUAAUGAUUGGUUAGUUAAUAAUAAUCAUAGCAAUAAUGAUAAUAAUAAUAAUAAUAAUAAUAAUAAUAAUAAUAAUAAUAAUAGUAAUAAUAAUAUUUCGGAUCCAACAUUAAUAUACCUUAGAGUAGCUACUCAAUGUAUUCUACGCUACCUAUUAACAACAAAUCAUUAUCAACAAACUUUAUAUUUGAAUUCUCUUCUUCAUUCUAAUUAUUCAUCAACAUUGACUACAUAUAAUACAACUAAUCAGAAUAAUAUAUUAUUUCAAUCAAAUAAAAAUACAUUAGAAUCUAAUUAUAUAAUAAAUGAAAAUUCAUCUAUUACACGUAUAAAACGUUAUAAGUGUACUUAUCCAAAUUGUACAAAAGCAUAUUAUAAAAGAUCUCAUUUAAAUGAACAUUAUCAUUUACAUACUGGUGCUAAACCACAUUUAUGUAAUCAACCUGGUUGUAGUGCAAGAUUUACACGUGCUGAUCAAUUAUCACGUCAUAGACGUGCACAUACUGGUGAACGUAAUUUUCGUUGUAAUGUUUGUUUAAAACGUUUUAAACGUAGUGAUCAUUUAAAGGUACAUUUAACUAGGAAUGUAUGUACAAAAUUUAAUUUAUAAAAAAAAAUCUCCUAUAUAUUUAAAAAAAAAGUAUCGAUUUCUCUUUUGAAUAGGUGAAGAGGUAAACAACAAACAAUAAUAUUUCAGUAGUUGAGAUCAUGAGUCAAUUGAAGCUAGACCACCAUGGAAGAACUGGAAGCACUGGACGGUUGUUUCGUUCUAGUAUGGAACUCUUCAGUAGUGCACAUCAACGAUCCCGCCUAGCGAUAUUCGAACCCAGGACCUAUCGGUCUCGCGCACGAACGCUUAACCUCUAGACCACUAAGCUGGCAUCCAGAUUUUCCAUCGUGGUCUAGCUUUAACUGACUCAUGAAUUCAACUGUUAAAUUACUAUAAUAUCUACAAAAACCUAAUCUCUAUUUUACCAAAAAUAUUUACUAUAUUUUAACAAAAUGUAUCAUUGAAUAGUUUAUAAGGUGUUUGAAAUCAAAUACUUAUUCUAAUAGUAAUCAUUUGGAAUAGAUAUUUUUAAAAAUAUUUUUUACAUAAUUUAGUAAGCAAGUUAUUCAUGAAGUUGUUAACAAAUGGACUGAACCAUGUUGGUAGUUACAGGCUACCUGAUUGUUGUCCACAUGAUUAUUGUAACUAACAAUUCAAGAGUUUAAGUGAAAUAAUUCCCUUAAAUGCCAUGGUACGGCUGAGAGUGGAGAGAGUCAGCUCUCCCUCUCCAAAUGCUCUCACAUGGUCACGUGCAUACAAACACUGCCAGGGAAGUCCUACUCAAUGAAUUCUCGCGGCAUUACUGUUGUUUACGAAACUGAGAGGACGGACAGCGAAUGUCCGUCGCUUUAACCGGGUUGGUGGAUAUGGAGGAUACAUCUAAGAAAGCUGGAAAACACUGAUUCUAAACGAAUGGUGCACAUGGCCUCCUGGGUCCUGAAGGGACAAAUGGUGUAUGAACCUAUUGUUGGUCACCGACUACCGUGAGAAUGCGUCUCCUAACGUUGUCGCACUACCUUAUGGAUCAGACCUCUUAGUCAAAGGCUCGGGGUGUGGCCUCCUAAGGUAACCACCUACUUCGGUUUGGACACCCGGGCAGCAUCCAGUCCUCACACAAAUCGAAUGAUGAAUUGUGGCGCAUAUGUGUUUAGUGCCUCCUUGUACUAAUGUUUAUACAAUGUUUAAUACAAUUUUGAAGUAUAUAUGUCUUAACAGAUGCAAACGUUCAUAACAUUGCCGAAUUCAUUAAUACAUGCCUUAUUUUUGGCCCUUGUAAAAUAUCAUAAUUAUGGACUUAUAACUGUAGAGCCUGAUGAUGCAGUUAUUGAAAACAAUUGUUCCCUCAAAUAUUCUUCAUUUUUAACGUUUAUGUGUUCAAAUGAAUAAAUAAUUAAUAUCAGAAUGGGUUUUGCGGAGAUUUUAGAAAUUUCACAGAUUGAAAUCAUGAGUCAGUUGAAGCUCGACCACCAUUGAAAACCUGGAAGCACUGGACGGCCGUUUCGUGCGCACUGCUGAGGAGUCCCAUACUAGGACGAAACGGCCGUCCAGUGCAUUCAGGUUUUCAAUGGUGGUCGAGCUUCAACUGACUCAUGAUUUCAAUCUGUGAAAUAAUUAGCAUCACACGUAGAUUCACCCUUUGUCUUUUUUAAAUUUAUCUUAUACAGUUUAUUCGGCGAAUUUAUCAUUCCUUAUCGAAUCACAUUGUCUAUCCCUAAUGUUUCCUACUAUCGGUGAUACUGUAACUAAUUCUACUGUAACAUUUGUCUUGAUAGUUUCAUCUUUCUGUAUUGAUAUAGUAAGGCAACUUGAAUCGAUGCUCAAAUGUGCUAGGUUCUUGUGUGCGUUGGAAAGUUUUAUGUACAUGAGGAUCAUCAUAAAUAAACAAGAAGGAUUUGAUGAAAAUAUAAAGGCAUGAAUUGGCAAAGCAAGGGCAGCGUUCCUACAGUUGAAGAAUAUAUGGAACUCGAAACAACUGUCAACCGAUAUAAAAGUCAGAAUCUUUAAUACGAAUGUGAAGUCAGUUCUAUUAUACGGGGCUGAAACUUCGAGAACUACCACAACCAUCAUCAACAAGUACAGGCAUUUAUGAAGAGUUGUCUACACAAAAUACUCCAGAUUGGUAGACCGGACAUCAUUAACAACAAGCUAGUAUGGGACAGAACAAACCAGCUUCCAGCUGAAUAGGAAAUUAGGAAAAUACGAUGGAAGUGGAUAAGACAUACAUUGGGGAAAUCAUCAGACUACACCACGAAGCGAGUGCUAACUUAUAAUUCUGAAGAAAAACGGAAAGGAGAAAGGCUAAAAGACACACUGUGUCAAGAAUUGGCAGUAAACACGAAAAGGAUGAAUAGCAACUGGACACAACUGGGAAGGAUUGCUCAUGAUAUAGUUGGAUGAAGAAUACUGAUGGUCGGCCUUUGCUCCUCCACAAGGGGUAGCAGGCGUAAGUUUCUUGUAGUCCAUCAGUCGAUUUUAGUCCGUGAUAUUCUGUUUUCAUGUUUAUUAUUGACCAACACAUUUUACUCUGAAUAAAUACCCAAAAUGCCAUAUAAAUGAUACAGAUUAAUCUAUUAAAGGUGAACUAUUCAAAACAAUAACUGCCUUGCUUGUUGAAGUGUUUCUUUUUAUCCGAGACUUGUUAUCCGGAUGUACCUUCAUUCCAGUAUUGAUAUCUACACUUGGAUUCGAACUUAGUUCUUAUUCGAGACUUCUUGGAAGUUUCUUAGUGGUUAUUGUGUAGGUGCAAACCACACCACCUACUUCGGUUUGUGUAAUCGGAUAGUAUAGCUACCGCUCACAUUUAAAGUACAACUCGGACCGAAGUACAAUUAUCCAUACCUGGUGAUGAGCAAAUGAUAAUGGAGUUGAAAUAACCAACAAUUUGUUUAACGAGGAUAAUGUUCUCACCAUAUGUAAGACUUCGUAUCAGUCCGUUGACAGUAUUCACGAUCUAAGUACACCAAAAUUGAAUAACUAAAAUUCCGCCCUGAAUAUCAAUAACAAUCCAUAAUAAAGGUGACUGUCAAGUUCAGUGUGUUUUCUGAACCCAUCUUGACUAUGGAAAACCUUUUAUCAUUUUUCAAUAUGGUAUCAAAAAUAAUAAUUAGGAUGUGAUUUUGAAUUAAUAAAUUAACCAUGGAUAUGUGAGGUUAUCUAUAUGUUUUUCUAUGUUCAAUAAGUGUCCAGUAUUCAACACUUAUCCAUUCAUUUAAUGGAUAAGUGCCACAUAUAAAUAUAAGUUUAUUGGAGAUUUCAUGCUCUACACUGACAACUUCAUAAUAGACAGAUAUGGAUAACUUCAAAUGCAUGAAAUGAAAUCCUCAAUGACAAUUAUACUCUUCUAUGCCCACAAUGGUAAAUGCCCGGAAAUCUUGAACAUUAUACAAAUAUGUAACACACUAUUGAUUACUAAGGUAAUUAAAAAUCUUUAAUUAAACGACAUGUUUCUAAAAUAUUCUAAAACUAAUCAAAGUAUCCAAAUUCUAGUUUAAUCACAUCUUAUUAUAUUUUAAUUAAACUAGAAAUAUGCCGAAUUCUCUCAUAAAACCGAUUAUAAAAUGUCAAUUUUAUUUUCCCUCCAUUUAUAAUCUUAUGUCAUUAGAUAUAAACUCUAAUGCUUUAAACAAAAAAAAGAACAAAAACAAACCCCCUUUCAAAUUUAAAUAUUCUUUAGAAAAAUAUCUAUUAUUGAUCUUUCUGCCGAACAGAAAGAAAAACAAGACAGUGUUUUCUCCAACUAGACCAUUGUUUCUAUGAUAUUCAUUAAACUUGAUAAAUUAUCGGUUCCUUUACUCAUUCAUUUAAAUAAAAAAGAAAAGACGUUCCGUUUUUUUUCUUUUAUUCAUUGAAUAUAAUGUUCAUUAGAUUUGUUAAACUUACAAUUAAUUUGGUAAUGAAAUGUAAAAUUUCAAGAAAAUAUUCAUUCAAUUAUCGGUGAAUUGUCUUUGUCUAUGAAUGAUAUUUCUAAUCCUAGAAUGAUGACAAUAUAUGCAUUUAUUCUGAGUUUGUAACGGAUACAGAUUAUGAGUAUUAAAAUAUACCAUGACAGAAAAUUAAUUUCAUUCGGUAUACCUUUUAUACAAUAAUGAUUAAUAAUAAUAAUAAUAAUGACAAGCAGUAUUAUGGAUUUGUUUUUCCCCCGUUUACUAAAUGUGAUGUUUCAUUUAGAUUAGAGGAAAAAUAAUGACAUUUCUUUGGAUAAAAAUAUUUUAUAUGAUUAUGAGUACUACUAUUAAUAACCAUUACCAUUACUAUUAUUAGUAUCAUUAAUAACAAUAAUAAUAAUAAUAAUAAUUGGCAUAGUGAAGAAAAUCAUACCAUUUUACAAUUACAUCAAUAUUAAAUAUUCAUUAUCUACGUUAAAUCAAAAAAAAUUCGUGAACAGUUGUAUUUCAUGGUCUCUAAAUAUCAAGCCUCCGUCUUUCUGAUCAGUCCUGUAAAUUAGUGUGGAUACUGUAAUAAUUAUAUAUAUAUAUAUAUAUAUAUAUAUAUAUAUAUAUAUAUAUAUAUAUUCUCCAUUGAAUAUCGACCAACAGUCAAAUCUCAUGCUCAAUGAGCCACUGACCUGAAAGCUGUUGACACGAGUCCUCCCUUGCCCCGGUUAUGGUUAUCAUUACCGAAUGAAUUUGAAUUGAAUGAUCGAUUCAGAACUAUCGUUACUGUGAACUAAUCAACUGAACUAUGAUUAGAUUGUGAGAGAGAGAGAGAAGUCCGGUUUGUGUCAUCAGCUCAUUCUUAUUCAGUUAAUUAUUUGAUAGACACAUGUAUUGCAUAAAAAUGACUAAUUUUAUUGUUGUAAAGCUUUCGUGACCAGCACAUAUUUUGUGUCAGAAUAGUUUAUGUUAUUAACUUCUUAUGGUUGAUCAGUUGGUCCAACAAAAGAUGUGUGCAGUCUUAUGAUUUAGGCCAGUAGAUUAUAAAAAUAGGAUAAUAAUAUCAAUUACUUAACGUAUAUCUAUUUAUUUUUCAUUUGAAUCUUCACGUUAAGGAUGUCGGUUAUCAACAAAUGAAAUAAUAAACAUCUGAAUCCUGGUUUCGUGCUUGUCGCAAUUCCAUAGACCGGUAAAAAAUUACUAUGCUACACAUGUUUCUCAAUUAAAAUCCAAGAUUCAGUGAUCAACAAUAGAAAAGUAAUAUUUUCAUUAAAUAUCAUUAACCUACACAUUUCAUGGAUUUAACAAUAGAGAUGAGCCUAUGUGCACCAUUCGUUCGGAAUCAGGGUUUCCUAACUCCUCUAGGUGGAUCCUGCAUAUCCACAAACCCGGUUAAAGCGCAGGACGUUCGCUUUUCGUCCUCUCAAUUUCGUAAACAACAGUAAUGCCGCAAGAAGGCAGUGAGUAGAGCUUCCUUGGCAGUGACUGUAUACGUGUGGCCAUGUGAAAGCAUUUGGAGAGGGAGGGCUGACUCUCUCCACUCUCGGCCGUACCAAGACAUUUGAAGCAUCACUCAAUGAACAAAAAAAUGUUUGAAGUUGAUGAAUAUUGAAACUCGAUCUCAAUCGUAAUCAGUAAUCGAGAAAAAAUUGUUUAAAUGAUAGAAUAAUUGAAUUCUAGAAUGCUUUAUACAAACCUACAACAGAUUUUUCACUGUAAAUCCAUGAAUUAACAAUAGUUUAUCGUUGAUUAGACAUUGUGACUCACUUUAAAGAAAAAUAAUUCACUGUACUAAGCAACAAAUUAUUUUGACUAAUAGAAAAGAUUUAUUUAAGCUUAGUUUUAAUUUAACGUUUAGUUCUAUGGUGUUAGGACCCGAGAAACAUAAUGAAUGGUAACUUUGGCAUCCUUUUAUAGACCAAUACUAUGAGUAUAUGUUUAUCCUAUCAUUAUCAGAAGGGGUUUUGUGGAGAUUUUUACAAAUUUCUAUAGUUGAAAUCAUGAGUCAAUCGAAGCUAGAUCACCAUGGAAAACCUGGAAGCACUGGACGGCCGUUUCGUGGUGUUCAACCGGAUCAGUUGUGAGAGUCCCAUACUAGGAUGAAACGGCCGUCCAGUGCUUCCAGGUUUUCCAUGGUGGUCUAGCUUCAAUUGACUCAUGAUUUCAACUAUCCUAUAAUUGUUAUGUAACUAAACUAUUCAUAUUCAUGUUCCUCUUAUUAUAAGCUUUAUUUUGACCCAGAAACUAUUAUUAUACGUUUUACCAUUCUUGAGUUAUACCCAGUAUAUUAAUUCCUACCUCCAUUAUUCACAGCCACAUCUGGCUAAUUCUUGUACAAAUGUUGUUACAUAUUUUAUUGGUACGUUGUGGUUUGCUUGAUUGGUAUAUGAACAGAGUAUGUUUGAAAUAUAAUGAUUCAUAUUGCAGAGGCUGAGACUGGUGUUCUGGACUUAACUGGCUGGGCUAGGCAGAAAGCAGGACCAAUCAGGACUCUAGGCUGCUCGCACGUGUUUUACGCAUCCUUGGUCCUAUCGUUAAUUCACUGCCCUCUAAUCGGCGGUCACAAGUUAUAACAUAUGGAAACAAGUGUAAUGAAUCAAUAAAUUCACUUAAUCACAUUCAUAUAAGUAGAGAUUAUAACUCGGUCAAUAUUCUCAAUAUUAUAUUCUAUAAUUAUACUUUUUAAACGGCACAUAUUUUAUGGAAAAUUUCCUAAAUGGACAAAUAGUUAUUAAUUAUAGUUUAAUGAUUUAAAUAAGUAGUUUCAUCUUGAAGAUUUUAUUUCAUUAGAUUCUAGUUUUGAAGGCCUGCUUGAGCAUCUGAGUUACCUGUUCCUGCCAUCUAGGUAUUUCAACAAGUUAUCUAUUUUUGUUUGUUUUAAUAUAUCGUUAUGUCUAUUAAUCGCAUACCCUAUUCUGCUGCGUUUCUGAAAAGUGUACAACCUUUCGUUAUCAAAGUUACAAAAAACUUAAUAAGAGACAAUGUGGUUGCUAGCAAUAUACAACGAAAAGAAUGCACAUUAUUCAGAUGUUCAUUCAGUGAACUGCUAACAUCUAACUGGCGAUCACUCAGUAUUUAUCGCCAGGACCGACCACGAAGAAAGAAAC